UUCACACGUCGAGUGCUGCGAGCUGAGAGAGGAUUAUUUCUAGACAAGAAAUCGAACGUUAACCACAGCACCGGCGUGAAGCCCUGGAAGUCUCCAGAAGCCGUUCCAUGAUACAUCUCAAGACUUGAAACUGCUCUUCGUCUGAGUGUCAGAGAGCAGUCUCCCACCCUCGAGCCCGGCGAUGCUGAGCCCACCCAUCCUGCAGAGCUGUCCCUCCUCUGCACGCUUCUCGUCUCGUGCGCCUCUGUGUGUCUCCGUGACCUUCUCGAACACACAGCCCUGACGUCUGGUGGAAACCUGCUCACUCAUGGCGUUCUUCAACUACAGGAGGUUCGAUGAGUCCAUGGCCGAGAGCCAGGGCCCCCCGGUGUACGUGGUGGACACUCACGCCACGAGGCCUCCCCUGCCGCCCCGGACGGACCGCAGGCCGAAGCGGGGCGACAGGACUCAAACCGUGCUGGUGGUCCUGGUGAGCCUGGCGCUGUUCGGGCUCUUCGCCGAAGCCUGCUUCAUCUACUAUCUCCACCAGUCUGAGGCCGCCGCCUCACCGAGCUCGUCCAAGCAAACUGGAGGUGCUCCACCCACUAGACCACCCAAAACAGCCAAGCCAGUUGCACAUUUGACAGGUGGAGUAAAUUCAGCUCACGGCUGGUCCAUCAUGGUAUGGAGUCAUGAAGAACCCCCCAUCCUCGAAGGAAUCGAAUUCCGUGACAAAAGCCUCAUCAUUCAGAAAGAGGGUUUUUACUACGUUUACUCCAAGGUCUUCUUCUCAGACAGCGGCACUUUUUAUCAUUGUGUUGAAACUAGCAGUACGAGGUAUCGGGAUGGUAAAAUCCUUCUGAAAUCCAGGAAAUACUCUCCCGAGUCAGAGACUACAAAGUCCAACAGUUUCCUGGGUGGAGUGUUUCACUUUGACAAAGAUGAUUCUGUGUAUGUGACUGUCAACGACACCCAGAAAAUCAGAAGACACACACCUCAGGAAAAUGUGUUCGGCGCAUACAUGAUCUGAUAUCCCAACAUUGUGUAUUCAAAAGCAGAGGCUGGGAGGAUGUAGCAUUGAUCGUGACGCCUUUCUUAUGAUUCGUGGCCACUGAAAAGACAAAUCUGGAACCAUCAUGGUGGUUCAGUAUUCAGAACAGACCUGUGUGGCUUUGUUAAGUGAGUGCUAAAUUGUUGAAAACGUUACUUUUCCUGUAUAAAAUACAUUUUAGCUUUGUAACCAUGAGGUGAAAUAACUCUAUAUACUCUUUGUAAUCCUGAAAUAACUCGCUUUUAUAAAUGUAUUUGUCAUACUAAGGGAAAAUAUAUCGUAUCUUUUUUUAUUCUUGCUUUGUUAUACAAACAUAUAUUUAUCUACUAACCUGCACAUAUUUAAAUCUCUCUUAACCCACAAGUUUAAGAUCACUUUUAUUGUUUAGAUGAUUUUUUUUUAUAUAUGAGCUUUUAAUACCAGUUUUUAUAUCUGUUCUUUGUUCAGUAUCUUUAUUAUGGCUUGUACUUGUCUUUCAGUGUCAUGAAAA